AAAAAUUAUACAAAUCACUGAGAGGCAUCAGGGGCUUCUCGGGCUUUAGUAGGAAUGGGUAACUUAAACUGUGCUGAUCUUUCACACGCCCUACCAACGCUUUUAUUUUUGUUAUCCUGCAUAUUUGGGCUGUCCCUCGGUACGGAACUGAGUUAUGUGACAUGCGGAUCGGCCAUUAAACUGAUAAAUAUUAAGCACAAUGUGAGACUACACUCGCACGACGUACGCUACGGAUCCGGGAGCGGGCAGCAGUCUGUAACAGGGGUGACUGCAGUGGAAGAUAGUAACAGCUACUGGAGUGUUCGAGGGGCAAGUGACGCCUUGUGCCAUCGGGGUACCCCGGUCAAGUGCGGGCAGACGAUCCGCCUCACCCAUGUCAACACAGGCCGUAACCUUCACAGCCACUACUUCACCUCCCCACUGUCCUCUAAUCAGGAGGUGAGUGCGUUUGGCGACGAAGGGGAAGGAGACCACCUAGACGAGUGGACAGUUCAGUGUGGGGGAUCUGUAUGGAAGCGCGAGGAGGCUGUACGCUUCCGUCACAAGUCCACUGACGCGCUGCUGUCAGUGACAGGGGAGCAGUAUGGACGGCCGAUCCAUGGUCAGAGGGAAGUUCACGCCAUGAUGAGCCCCAGCCAGCACAGCCUGUGGAGGGCCAUGGAGGGCAUCUUUAUGAAGCCCAGUGAGAGUCCAGUUGGCAGCCGAGACUACAGUCACCCACACACAGAGUUCUGAACUUGACUUUUCUUCUCCGCUUCGGUCGCUUCAAGUUUUCCUCUCUGUCUACCACCAUAUACCUACCUCUGGCCCCAGUUACAUCUGUACCAGCAGCUUCUUCCCCUCCCGUCUUGUCUCAUUUUGCUAUCUCAUUAACUUUUGACAGUCAUCUUUUGAGAAGUCUGUCAUCGAUCAGAGUACAAUGACUUCAUCUUAUCGAUCCAUACCAACCUCUGUCACAAUCAUUGUGUUUUAGGAAACACUACUUGAAUUCUCAAAGAUCCAGCAGCCACACUCUGACAGCUAACACUAUUUGAAUACUUGAUGGUCUCAACAGGUACAAGAAGUAUUGUUACAUUAGGUAUUAAAUGCUGCUUUACAGUAAAAGGCUAAUCUUUAUUACAGUUUGUGACAUUUUACAUCCAAGAAAAGGGGUUCCUCUCAGAACACAGUGCUGAUUUUGCAGAUGAAGUGAGGACUAAAAAAAUAGUGUUACACUUGUGCCUUUCUCCGUUUUUAAGAAGAAGUAGGUGUUUACAUUGUGGAUCCUUUUAAAGGUUUGGAAACAUAAUGAUUUUAUUAUGUUUUCAUAUUUUUGUAAGCCAUAUUCUACUCAAACAGUGGGUAAACAGUGUUACUAUGGUAAAUGACUCCCCCUGUCCCCCUUCAAGCCAGAUUCAGUGUUGCAUAUAAAGUGUCGGACGCUAACUGACAUGAGAGAAUAAGCAGUUUUGUCUGUGGAGGUGUUUUUUCAUUUUUAAUGUAUCUCAUUGUACUGGAUGCUGUUUAUUAGGAGGAAGUAUAGUGUUUUGCUGUCUUGCUGUCUGUGCAUGCAUAUGUGUUAGAUCAACGCUUUGUUCCAGAGGUUCAUAAGAACGACAAACAUGCAGUGAAUACCUCAUAUUAAAUGGAUUUUUUUAUGCAU